CCUUAUUCGCGUCUUUCGUUCAGUCCCGGCCGCACUGACACCUAUCACCUGUCCAACAGACACUCGACUCUGCGCUGUCAUCGUUCUUUCGCGGUGUGGUGGCUUCCAUCCACAGCGCUCAUCGUUUCAACGGGAAAAUUGCUGGAAUGAUGUCGACCGAACAAAGUCAACAGCAGCAAAACACAAAGUUAUUCUGGAAACAAUUGAAAACGAAAGGCAAUGAAUUCUUGAAUUCACGCAAACACGCCAAGAACCUGCUGGACAUCAUCAAAUGCUUCGAGGAGUGCAUCAGCAAAGGGCUGAACGUAACGCCAUGUCUGCUAACGCUCGAGGUGAUAUUCACGGAGCUGCUGAAAAGGAGAGAAAUGUACGUCGAAGUGGAGCCGCUCAAGCCAAAAGAUGACAACCCGGAAACAAAAUACCGUGAAUGGCUUCAUGAACGCUACCUAGAAACGCUUCGCCUAAUACUAAGUUGCUUCAAGCUAGAACGUCACACAGAAUCCAACCAGGCGUUAGUUACAAGUGUUAAGCUCCUGUCAUGUGAAGCGAAACAUCCCCUAGAACACACGCCUUCCGGACAAUAUUACUUUCCAAUAAACCGAUAUCGGAACAUCCUCACCAAACUUCUAUGUGCGGAACAUUCAAAUAGUCACUUGAUCGAUCGGUUCAAAGAGUACGCACAAUAUCUGGACAUUGUCUACCAUGCUUGGAAACUGAUGCCGGGGCUGACGCCAAAGGGUGCCACGGUGCCAAACGACGAGUUUGCACAAAAUUACCUGGAGCUGAUAAAUGCCAUACCAGUCACAAAAGAGUUGCAAGAAGGCAAACGACUUCUGUGUUCAAACGAAUGUGUCACCGACGAAACCUUCGAUUACAAUGCAACGCGAAAAUGUAUUAACAAAGCGUGGAACUGUGUCAUGCUCUGGCAAAUGAAGGAACAAAUUCAUAAACACGUUCUCAUUAUUCUGUUGGAACGGAUCCUACCGCAUUUAGAAAAACCGGUGCUAUUAACAGACUUCCUGAUGGAUUCAUUAGAUUUAGGCGGACCUAUUGGCUUGCUAGCCCUGCAAGGAAUCUUCACAUUAAUUCAAAAACACAAUAUCACCUACCCGGACAUCUACGAGAAACUGUACUCGAUGUUCGAGCCGGAAAUAUUCCACACGAAAUUCAAAGCACGCUUAUUCUACUUAGCUGAUAUUUUUCUAAGUUCAACACAUUUACCUGAAAAUCUAGUCGCUGCAUUUGUGAAACGUUUAGCUCGGUUAAGUUUAGUCGCACCGCCACAGGACAUUGUUAUAAUUUUGCAAUUUAUUGGGAAUCUGAUACUGCGACAUCCUGGAUUGAAGCGGUUAAUUUGCCAUCCAAGUGGGGGUGAAGUUUCACGAGAUCCAUACAUUAUGGAUGAACGGGAUCCAACCAAGUCAAACGCUUUAGAGAGCUCUCUGUGGGAGGUGGUAGCGCUGCAGAAUCAUGUGUUGCCAUCGGUAGCGACAGCCGCGCGAUUCAUUUCGCAACCACUUCCAGCGACCGAAUGGGAUCUUGCCGACGUUUUAGAAGUUAAAGAAAAUGAUAUAUUCGAUCAGGAGAUCGCCCGGAGAUCGAAACAAUGUGCCCUAGCAAUUGAACGAUCGCAAUCAAUGUUUCUUCCACGUAACGAUAAGAUAAUGCAAUACUGGAAGCUUUAUUAGGAAGAGAAGAAGGAAUUGUUAUAACAAAAGCAGGUAUCAAUCCGCAGUCGUACGCACUAAGUUCCAUAUACAGGCAGAAUUGUAUAAAUUUGGUUCUUCCCGAUUUCCACUUGAAUGUUAAUCUCAUGUCAGUAGGCCUCCAUUUCGUUACCUUGUUUAAUGUGUAAGUUACUACGUUGCUGUUAGCAUCUAAUUGAGCACUUAAGCCAACGUGAAUUCACUUGACACUCGAGUGCGCUUUUGGCUUCAACAUAUCCCACUUUUCUUCCAACUUUGUUCUGUUAUUCAUCUUCAUAUCAUUACCAAGUCAAAUGUAAAACAUUCAUAUACAAAAUACAUUACGAAAGUAAAUACCAAUGCC